AUGGGUUGCUGCAAUUCCUAUCCACUUACUCCCCCCCAUCCUUGAUCGAACGAUUGACUGUAAAAAUUCCUAAAAAUUGGGGAAAUUAACCUCCAUCCUUGAUCGAACGAUUUUCAUAUCAUGCAAUUUUUUAUAUAUAUAGAAACAUAUUAGUUAUCAAAAGCUUGGAAUAUGUACCUAAUGAAGUUGUUUUCAGAGGCUUUGAGACGACAGAAAGCUGCGGAAUCAACCAUCCGAAGUGAUUUAGCCAUCAACCUAGGCUUGAAAACUCAAUAAUCUAAUAAAAUACAGAUUCUUUAAAAUUUAAAAAAAAAAAAAUUUAAUUCAGUAAGGAACAAAUUAAAAUUUAUAAAGUUUAAAAGAGUAACUAAUAAAUCAAAAUAUUAAAAAUUGAUAUUUUAUGAAAUUAAUUCAAUUUUUUGCUUUAAAAACAAUUAUUAAAUACUCUUAACCCUCUUAUUUAAUAUAUAUAUAUAUAUAUAUUUUAUUUUAUAUAUAAAUUUUUUUUCCCGAAAAAUUUUUUUUUUAACCCCCAUCCUUGAUCGAACGAUAGUGAGUUGUUCGAUCAAGAAUUGGGGGGGAGUUAGUAACUUUUCUAGGAGAUACAAAAAGAUAUCUUCUGAAGAUCAGUUCCUAAUAAGCUAUACAGACUCAAUAGUUUUCUCGAGUUUUGAUUUUCAUGAGCUUUAUGUCAAAUUGGCAAAAUUCUCAGAAGUGAAAAUAAGCCAAGAAGACUUGGAAAGCUUUUUUUCUGAUGCAAACAUAGAACCAUCAUUGUUAAAAAUUAACUCAUCAACGGCAGCCAUUUUACAGAAAAUAUACAAAAAUAGCCUCUAUGAUUUGAAAAGUCUGAAGCUAACUGUAAUUUUGCUAGGAAAAGGAAACUACUAUGAUAAAUGCCUUAAGAUAUUUGAAGUAUAUGAUUUAUGCCUUAAAUUAUCAUACUUAGACAAAAGAACCUUACUCCUAAUUCUAUAUGAUUUAGUGGGUAUAAUUGAGAUGAUUAUUCCAGAAAACGGCUUGGAUGAUUCCCCAGACAUUGUAAAAUCAUGCAUAAAGGACUAUUGUGUAAGGUUUCUUGACGAAAAACUAACUCCCCUCCGUGAGUGAACAAAAAAAAUCUUGUUCGUUCAUGGAGGGGUGUUAAUUUUUUUUUUUCGAAAUUUAAAAAAAUCCUAAUUCGUAAAAAUUAGAAAAACAAAUAUUAUUAAUUUUUAAAAUUUAUGUUUUAAAACGCAAUUUUGUUUAAAAUUAAAUAUUAGCUAGAGAUUUCAUUAUACUAAAUAUCACUUAUAUAUCAAAAUUUUUUACCAUAAAAAAUUUUUGCUCGCUCACGGAUGGGUUUAUGGGCACAAAAUAGGGGUUUUCUUCGCUAACAAAGGGGGGGAGUAAGAGUUUUCGACAAAAUUAUAAAACUUGUUUUCAAGAAUGAAAAAGAAAUCCUUUGUUCACAGUUUCUCAGAAUGCUAGAAAUCAAUCAUUCUUUGUGCUCUUUAUUCAACGCAAAUAGCCUCCGUCUUCUGCUUAUCGAUGAGGUGAUUUCGCAUGAAACUAGUACUCUAUUCCAAGAAAUGUACCCUAAAAUAGGCGAUAGCCCAGUGUAUCAGAAAUCACUUAGACCUACAUUUAAUAAUCCUAAAAUUGAAGGAAAAAUCCUUCUCAAGCCAGUUAAAAAUUAUUCAAUUCAGAUCCAAAAUCCGGUCUCAAACCCAAAAAGCAUUUUUGAAACGGAUUGGGAAAAAAAAUUUCCUGAAAUCCCAAAAAUUAAUUUAAAUCUGCCUGAGGCUAAGCCAGUGGCUUUAUCUGAUUGUGAUCAAGAUAGCAGCGAAUCCAUGUCUGGCGAAUCCUGUGAUAUGAAUUCAAGCUUCUUAGGGUUCCCAAAACCACAAUCAAGAGUCAGAUCAUCUUCUUCGACAGAAGAUUUGGCAGGUUUGCAAUUAAUUCCACAGAUUAAAAGAAGAGGAGGAAUUCUUAAGCGUUGCUCGACUGACAAGAAGAGAAGUAUACCUAACUGGGUUUAUAUAGCCAAGCUAAUAAAAGUAAUUUUUGACUGAAAUAGCUGCUGGUAUUGAUAGACCAAAACAUGCUUAAAUUUAGCUUAAUCCAGCACAGUAUAAGAAAAAAUCAUCCAUAAAAUCUGUCUCGUUUUCAGUAGAAAGUAUUGGCAACAAAAAGCAAUCUGCUUUGGAGCCUAUUAUAUUAAGAGUGAACUUAGGCGAAAAUAAGUUUGAAAAUGUUCAACUAAAACCUGGAGAAAAUCCUGCAGUAGCCGCUUCAGCUUUUGCAAUAAAAAAUCGACUGAAAAAGUAUGAAAGAGAUGAGUUAGCCAGAAGCCUGAGAUCUUUAAUAUAAAAUAUAUCCUAAAUAUCAGUCUCUAAAAAUAUAUAAUAUGAAUAAAACUAUUUAUUUAAAAAUGUAUAGAAGAUUAA